AUGAUCUACUUUGGGUUCUUCGCGGCUGUGCUGUUCACUCACAUCCCCACCUCGCGGUUGUACGAGCAAGCCUACGCCGUCUCGUCGAUCCUAGCGACGUCCGGUGGCGACGCGAUCACCCCCAACUCUCCCAUUAAGUUCUUCAACAUUGGACAGCUCAGCGACGUCUUCGACUGGCUCAACACUGCGUUCGUACCUGCCGUAUUCGUGACCCAAGAUCAGAACGGGAAUGACCUCGCUUCGCAAGAUUACGCUCUACUCGGAGGCAAAAGUAAGGCGUUAGGCGGCGUUCUCAUUGAAGUGUACUCAUUGACCCCAGUCGACUGUGGCGCGGACGGGUCCCUCUUCCAAGUGUACCCGGUCUGUCACGUAUCCGAAGGACUUCCAAACGAAUACGGCUCGUACAUGCUAAUUCUGAGCCUCAAUGCGACCGAGGCGCUGCAAGGUCUCGCUGAGUGGAAGGCCCAGAAUUGGAUCGACAACACAACGGACAAGGUGGUGAUUUCCGUGCUGACCUACAACGGAGAGCUCGAAGGAUACGUGGUCACAGAGCUGACACUGAAGUUCCAUCAAGGCGGCUACAUCACUCCAACGGCGUCGACGCGACCAACCAUCUCGAUUCCUUACGGGAGGGAGAACUCGUAUGCGAGCGACGUCCUCUGGCGACGGAAGGAGAAGCGUCCGUCUCGACGCCAAAUGGCGGCUCGCUUGUUCGACCUGUACGUCGUGGAAGCUGCCAUGGGCGUCUUCUACAUCAUUUGGGCGAUCAUCGUGAGUCUGCUAGAGGACUACGACUUCCAAGAAUCGCUUUGGAAGCUCGCGGACCCAUUCGCCAUUGAAACGGAAGGAACCGAAGACGAUAUCAUCUCUCUCAACUACGUGAUCGACAACCUCAAGGCGAUCGCUCACUAUACUGCAGCUCUUCGCGUGGUAGGCGCCAUCGUGAUCGCUCUGCUCGGUCUGCAGAUUCUCAACCGAUUCCGGUUUCACCCACAGCUCAACAUCCUCACCCGCACUGUAGCCAACGCACUCAAGCAGUUCGGCGCGUUCUUCGUGGUGUUUAUUGUGAUCUUCACAACGUUCACCAUCAUCGGCUCGAUGAUCUUUGGUGACCGAGCCAAGGAGUUCUCCCGGCUGGACAACUCAAUGGCGUCCUGCAUCAACAUGCUCUUCGGCGAGUUCGACUUUGAGUCGAUCAAGGACCUCCAGUUCUCUGUCGCCUUCUACUGGAUCUACAUGAUCGUCGUGAGCAUCGUGCUGAUGAACAUGAUGCUCGCUAUCGUGCUUGACGCCUACGAACAAGUAAGCAGUGAAAGCUACAAGAAGUCGGCGAAUUUGACUCUCGCGAACCGCGUCAUUUCAAUUUGCUGGGACGUGGUGUGUGAGCACAUUGAAGAGGGCAUGGUCAUUGUGAAUGCUCUAAAAUCUGGCGAACCGACUUGCAAGGAAGAGUAG